UAUAUACUAAUACAAAAUCACCCAAAAAAAAAAGCUAUCAAGAGCUCGUCUUUUCGUGUAUUUGAUACAAAAUUUAUGUCUAUUCAUCAUUAUUCUUCACGUUUCUUCCUCACAAAAUUUGAUGCUACUCCAAUCUCUCUACGCUAUAUACAUACAUAGUAUAAAUAAAGCUCAAGGCAGUGACUUCAGUCAGUCGUUCUUGUGACUUCCUACCGCAAACAUGGGGCUUUUAUUCGAUAAUUUAUUUUUGGACGUUGUGCUUUUAAUCAGUUGCAUUGCUAUUGCUCUGCAUUUCUACAUUCAACACAUCUACUCGUAUUGGGAUAGGAAGAAGAUAAAAUCCUUUAAGCCAGUAUUUCCAUUUGGAAACCUUAAGGAUGGAUUCUUGCUGAAGAAGCGGUUUUCGGAGCUUUUUGUGGAUCUUUACAAACAAACAGAUGAACCUAUUCUUGGACUCUACGCAACAACAAAGCCCGCAUUGAUGGUUUGCGAUCCAGAACUUUUAAGGCUCAUCCUUAUAAGAGACUUUCAGUAUUUUCAUGAUCGUGGUGUGUACAUGAAUGAGGACAUUGACCCCCUUUCGGGACAUCUUUUCUCUCUAAGUGGUGAAAAGUGGAAGAAUUUACGGGCAAAGCUCACUCCGACAUUCACAUCUGGACGACUAAAGGGAAUGAUGCAGACUUUUCUUGACUGUGGAAAUAGUUUGGAGGCUUAUCUCAUGAAGAAUGCCAACAAGGAAGUAGAGAUGCGCGAUCUAAUGGCUCGCUAUACGACUAAUAUAAUCGCAUCAGUUGCCUUUGGAUUGGAAAGUGAUGCAAUUGCUGAGCCUAAGGACACGUUCAGGAUGAUGGGAAAGAAGUUCUUUGAUCCAACGUUUAUGAAUAUUUUGCGAUUAACGUGCCUGUUCAUUCUACCACAUAUUGGAAAGUUUUUUAAUAUAAAAUCAGUGGAUAAUGAUUACGAAGCUUUCAUCUUUAAAAUGGUGAAGGAUACAAUGAACUACAGAGAAAAGAAUAAUGUACACAGAAAGGACUUUAUGCAGCUUCUUCUUCAGCUGAAGAAUACAGGAAAAGUUGAUUAUAGCGAUGACUGGAAUAUUCAAUCAGAUGGCAGUGACAAAGGACUAUCAUUCAAUGAACUAGCAGCUCAGGCUCAUGUCUUCUUCUUGGCUGGUUUUGAAACUUCCUCAACUACAAUGUCGUUUUGCUUCUACGAACUAGCCAAGAAUCUCAAUGUUCAGGAGAAAGUUCAAAGAGAAAUUGACGAAGUAACCAAGAAGUACGACGGGAAGAUCACCUAUGACUCCUUAAUGGAAAUGAAAUAUCUGGAAAGUUGCAUCGAUGAGGCCCUUAGAAUGUAUACACCAGUUCCAGUUCUCAAUCGUGAAUGCGCAAAGGAUUAUAAAAUACCCGGAAGUGAUAUUAUCAUUGAGAAAGGAACACGAAUCUUCAUUCCAGCUCAAGCAAUUCAAAUGGAUCCAAAGUACUAUCCAGAACCUGAAGAAUUCCGCCCCGAAAGAUUUUCUUCGGACAAUUCAAACGGUGGUAAUCAGAAAGGUGUUACAUACAUGCCAUUCGGUGAUGGCCCGAGGGCCUGUAUUGGGCUACGAAUGGGAAAACUUCAAGCUAAAAUUGGCAUUGUAUUGAUCAUGUCAAAAUUCAAUUUGCGUCUUGGUGAAAAACUUCAGAAUCUGAAGGAACUUCAAUAUGAAGUAAAAAGCUUCGUUCCUGCUCUCGAGGGAGGGAUGAAUUUGAAAGUUUUGCCCAGAAAAUAAAUGUGAUUAAAUGUAUGUUGAGACGGAAAGAAAUAGAUUAUUUUCCAAUUAAGUUUGCAUUGUGAUAAAAUCCUCUUAUCAGAAAAUAAGCCUUCGUGCUUUUAUCUUUAUUUUUUCAAAGAUAAUUUUGCGAAAUUUCACCUGUCUCCUACCUCUUGCACGCAUGUAUAAAUAAAACAAAAAAAAAUAAAUCUUU